CUGUGGUGAGGGGCAGCUGUUUUAGCGUACUGACAUGCACUGACGGCUCAUUCGGGCUCCAUCAUGAAGCUCGUGCUGCUGCUCGCGCUCCUCACAGCCUCUGAAUGUGACAGCACAGAGGUCAAAGGUCAGGCAGGUCAGACCACCAGUCUGCCCUGUAAAUAUGACAGAAAAUACUACGGAGCUCUGUCGGUCUGCUGGGGUCGAGGAGAAAUACCACUGUUUCGCUGCGGUGAUCAGCUGAUCUCCACAGAUGGAGACAGAGUAGAGACCAGAGCUUCUAGCAGGUAUGAGCUGCUGGGCCGACUGGAGGACGGAGACGUUUCUCUGACCAUCCUGCACCUCACAGAGGGAGACGCUGGACGCUACGGCUGCAGGGUGGCGAUACCCGGCUGGUUUAAUGAUGAGAAACAUCACGUUGACCUGACCGUCGUCACAGCUCCACAAAUUCACACAUCGACCGCACAGCCGACAGCAGCUGCUCAGACUGAAGGUCACAUGACUUCCACAAAAAGCCUCCUGACUUCCUUCUGCAGCGUGACGAGCAGCAGAGAGAAACAGGAGGGCGGCCUGCUGACGGACAGUCUGUUCUACGUGCUGCAGGGUUUGAUAUUCCUGCUCAUCGUCAGUGGACUCCUCAUCAUCAGUGAGUUUAGAAUCAAAUCCAUUCACACAGCCUCAACAACAAGGAGGAGGUUCACCAACAGCCUGUGCAGGAGGACUGAAGCUACUCUGCAAAACCCCUCAGAGACUUCAGCAGAUCGGCAGCUUGAUCAAGUUCAGCUCCACUUCAUCGACUCUGCAGCUUCACACUGGACAGUCCGCCGAGGACAACAUCUACCACAUCAGCGGCAAGGAAGUCACAUACAAGAACUACCCCUGAGCUCUCAGGCUCCGCCCACUUACCUGCCAAGACUGGAGGUGGGAAGACAAAAACAGCUGUGAAAGUGAGCGCUCCAGGUGUGAUUAAUGCUGCGCUCAGGUGGGAGGUUCU